AUGACGGAACAAGCCGAAGUGUCAAAUGUUAACCGAGACCGGCAGUUCGAGAUUGUGCGAGACGGCGAAUUUGCAGAGGCCAAGAAGGUAUUGUCAACAGCAGACAUGACCUGGCGACAUUCGGCUCUGCGGCAAAACUUUCUGUUUUUUAUCGCGGCACGACGGCGUAGAGGUUCUGAACUCUUGGCCAAACAAUGCGUGGCCAUGGGUGUGGAUUUGGAGGAGGAGGAUGUCCACGGACAGACACCUCUCUUCUGGGCCGCAGCGCGCGGCAACAUGGCGGUUGUGAAAUUUCUGCUUAAUCUUGGCUUUGAGAUUAACUACAGAGAUAAUGCCAGGAAGACGGCUCUGUUUUUCGCAAUCGAGAAGGCUCACCUGGAAGUGGCCGACUACCUCAUCGAACGUGGUGCCUCGAUUGGGGUUCGGUCAAAAAGCAAUGUGACGCCAAUCUUUAUGCUUAAAGCAUUGGGUCGCAAGCCGCCUGAAAGAAAGCGCAAGCUGACUUCGCCAACCCCGAGUUGCAUAUGUCCUGGCGCCGCGGCACGGAGCCGUUUCGCCCAGUGGGAAUGGAAAUACGACGAGAACGAGCCGCAGAUA